CAGCAGCAGCGCCCAGUGUCCUGCUGGCAGCUCCUAGGAAGGCAGGGCUUGUGGACUCGCCAGCAGGCUGUUCCCCCGAAACUGACUCGACGCGAGAGAAGCAAGUCUCUAAAACAUCCAAGCAAGAAAUUGGCCUGGGCCCCACAGCCCAGAGGGAGCCACCAACGAUGACGCUCUUCUUCUUCACCUGCCUGCUGGCUGUUCUCCCAGUGGUCUCCAUGAAAAGUCCCAUCUUCGGCCCCCAGGAGGUGAGCAGAGUGGAAGGCAGCUCAGUGUCCAUCAAAUGCUUCUACCCAGCCACCUCUGUCAACCGGCAUUCCCGGAAGUACUGGUGCAAGCAGGGAGCCAGGGGCCGUUGCACUACCCUCAUCUCGGACAGCUACUUCUCCAAGGACUAUGAGGGCAGAGCCAAUAUCACCGAUUUCCCAGAGCGCAACAUGUUUGUGGUAGACAUUGGCCAUCUCACCAAGAAUGACACUGGGCACUACAAGUGUGGUUUAGGCAUUAUUAACCAAGGCCUGUACUUUGAUGUGAACCUGGAGGUCAUCCAAGGUCCCGGGCUCCAAAACGGCAUUCAAGUCUAUACAGCAGACCUGGGCAGAACAGUGACCAUCAACUGCCCUUUCACGUCCGAGAAUGCUAUGCAGAGGAAGUCUGUGUGCAAGAAGACAGGCGAGGCGUGUGUCCUAGUCACCGACUCCACUGGGUAUGAGAGCCCUGAGUACAGCAACAGAGUUCAAAUCACUAUUCAGGACACCAGCCAACUAUCGUUCAGCUUCAUCAUCAACCGAGUCAAGCUCAGCGAUGCCGGGAAGUAUGUCUGCCAGGCUGGGGAUGAUUCUAGAGGUGACAAAAGCAAUGUUGACCUCAAAGUGCUGAAGCCUGAGCCUGAGCUACUUUAUGGAGACCUGAGGGGCUCAGCGACCUUUGACUGUGCCGUGGACCCCGAAAUGGCACGUCUGCCCAAAUUUCUGUGCCGGGUGAACAAAGAUAAAGCCUGUGAAGUGGUCAUCAACACCCUGGGGACAAGGGCUCAGGCCUUUGAUGGAAGGGUCCUGAUUACUCUCAAGAACCAGGGCUUCUUCAGUGUGCAUAUUACUGGCCUGAGGAAAGAGGAUGCUGGGAGCUACCUGUGUGGAGCCCACUCUGAUGGGGAGCCUCAGGAAGGCUCGCCCAUGCAGGCUUGGCAACUCUUCGUCAAUGAAGAGACGACGAUUCCACGUAUUGUCUCUGUGAUGAAAGGUGUGGUAGGAGGCUCUGUGGCCAUGCUCUGCCCCUACCACCCUAAGGAUAAAAAUAGCCAGAAGUACUGGUGUCGCUGGAAUGAGCAAAACAGUGGCUGCCCACAGCUGGUGAGCAACGAGGGGCUGGUUAAGGAGCAGAGCAAACCCUACGAGGGCAGGCUCGUCCUGCAUGAAGAGCCAGGCAAUGGCACCUACACGGUCAUUCUCAACCAGCUCACCACCAAGGAUGCUGGCUUCUACUGGUGUCUGACCAGCGGUGAUACUCGCUGGUGGUUCACAGUGGAGCUCAAAAUUGUGGAAGGAGAGCCAAACCUCAAGGCACCCGAGAAAGCCAUUGCUUGGCUGGGAGACACUCUCAAGGUGCCCUGCCACUCGCCAUGCAAGUUCUUCUCCUACGAGAAAUACUGGUGCAAGUGGAGCAACAAAGGUUGCAAGGUCCUGCCCAGCCAAAACGAGGCCUCCAGGCAGGCCUCUGUGAACUGUGACCCGAACAACCAGCUCACCUCCCUGAUCCUGAAACCAGUCACCGAGGAGGAUGCGGGCUGGUACUGGUGUGGGGUGAAGGAUGGGCCCCAAUUCGGAGACACCGUGGCUGUCUACGUGGAGGUCAAGGAGAAGGCGAAGGCAUUCCAAGAUGUCAGCCAAGUGAAUGCGGCGGCUCCAGGCAAGGAGGUGAUAGAGCCACCUGUCAAGGUGAUAGAGCCGCCUGUCAAGGUGAUAGAGCCACGUGUCAAGGUGAUCGAGAACCAAGUCAUUAAAGAUCCCAGCCUUUUUGCAGAGGACAAACCAGUGAAGGAUAAUGGAAACCCAGAGGACAGGAGCAAAGCAUCUGCAGACUCUGGCAGCUCGGCGGGACAAGGAGGGAGCUCCACAGUGCUGGUCUCCACGCUGGUGCCCCUGGCCCUGGUGCUAGCACUGGGGGCCAUGGCGGUGGCGGUGGUUAGAGCCCGGCAUAGGAGGAAUGUUGACCGGGUUUCGAUUGGAAGCUACAGGACAGACUUCAGCAUGACGGACUUGGAGAACUCCAGGGAUUUUGGAACCAAUGACAACAUGGGAGCCUCUACGACCACUAUCACUCAGGAGACAUCUCUCGGAGGAGAAGAUGAGUUCACGGCCACCACCAAGGACACUGUGGAGACCCAAGAGCCCAAGAAGGCCAAGAGGUCUUCCAAGGAGGAAGCUGACAUGGCCCACACGGCCUUCCUGCUCCAGGCGAACAACAUGGCGACCAACGUCCAAGACGGCCCCAGCAAAGCCUAGGCCAAGCGCCCUGCCUCCUCCUUCCACCCUUGCCAAUCACCUUCAGAAUCACAUUGAUCCUUCGGGCCCUCAGCUCGGCAGGGCUCGCUGCCUGCACGCAACCCCACCCAGGCUUUUCCUGCCUAGUCCCUCUUCAGUGGCUUCCAACCCUGGCUUCGCUGUUCCUGCUGGGGGUGAGGCGACGUGAGGACUUCCUGCCUGAGGGAACGUCUUUCUAAUGAGACAACUAAGGUGUGGAAGGAGAAGCAAUUUUUAGAAAGGCCUCCUCAAAAAAAAAAAAAAAAAAAAAAAAAAAAAAAAAAAAAAAAAGAGAAAAAAAAGAAAGAAAAAGAAAAGAAAAGAAAAAUAGCUCAGGAAGGGUGGGAGGUAAUUUUAGAAAGGCGGGCCAUUCAGGGCUUCUCUGUACCCUUAUUAUGGGAUGGCAAUGGGAUUCUCCUCUUUACUCCAUCCCUUCAUCUCUUAUCCCCUCCCUCCCACCCAUCCUCUCUUCUUCUUUCCUUCAUUGAAAAUACAUAUAUGAACUCUGGCCAGGUAGCUCAGUUGGUUAGAGCGUCAUCCUGAUACUACAAGGCUGCAGGUUCCAUCCCUGGACAGAACACAUAUAGGACGCAACCAAUGAAAGGAACAAUAAAUCAAUGUUUCUCUCUCUCUCUUUCUCUCUCUCUCAAAUCGAUCAAUAAAUAAAAAUGAAAACACACACACACACACACACACACACACACACACACAUACAUUAAUCCUCACCAGAACCCAGGCAUCUAGCAGAAUGAACAGAGAUGCUGCACACCCAGCCUGCAGCCUUUGUGUAAACCUCACUGAGUCCUUGGAAGCCACAGCUCCUCUCAGUGUAUUGUACUCACUACGACCUAAAUCCUCAUCAGGUAUACUCACCUCUCUGUCCACCUUGGGACAAAUCAGAAAAUGUCUGGAGUCCUGAGGCCUUAGGGAUCCCGUAUCAUGGGCAUAUAUACAACAAACCUUAAAUACACAUUCUUAACACUUUACAGGGUAGAAAAUUGAGGUCCUGAGAGGUGAAGAGGUUUGCUCAGGGGCACCAAAUGAGUUACACUGAUUUGGUGACUCCUGUUUUCUUGGCCAGGCAUCUCUCUACAAGAGCCCCUGCUCUCCUCGUGAAAUCAGGAUUCUAGAACAAUCAGAAGGGGAGGGAGCGGGGGAGGAAGACAAAAUUGCAAAUGGAGGCUGGUCUUUCCCAAGCCCCACCUCUGGUAAGACAACCGGUUCCCUUUCUGUCACUCACAUGAAUCUAAGAGGAUAAGAGAAUGGUCCAACACUCACAGCCCCUGUAUUAGAAGAGUACCAAGUGGAAGGGAAGAUAAGAGGGCAUUUGAUGGUGCCAAGGGAGGGUCUGGUCUCCAAAGAGCUAAGGUUUAAGGUCUUUCUUCCUCUGAGCUCUGUACCUCAACCAGCUGGCACUUGCUAACAAAUAAAAAUGUGACUUAAUAAUUAAAGACUAUGAUUUCCAUU